AUGCCCAAGCCCACUCUCCUCCAGUCGCUCCUGGGCCGACCGUCGCAGUCGUACUCGUUCCCGCCUCAGAAGGACUAUCAUUCGUCCAGGACCGACCUCUUCCGUGCCGCGUCCACGAGCACCGCCGGAGAACUCCACCCUGGGACAGCUUCCGUCCAUUCUCUCAAGCCCUCGCCCCCAUCCUCCGUCCUUUCGCAGUCCUCUGCUCGUCCUUCUUCUCGCCGUGUCCGCACUCUCCGUCGUGCGUCCACCGGGUCUUCUGUCUCCUUUGCCCCUUUGCCCGAGCCUAGCCGAUCCGUUAUCCGCCAACCCCCCUCGCCAGGCCCGUCUCAGCAGAGGUUCACUUCUCAACCUCAUGCCCCGUCUCUAGCUCCUUUUAUAAUUCCGAAUCAGCCCGCCCCAUCUUCAGAUCAACUCUCCGUUGACUUCACCCUCGUUCAACCUGCCAUUGUUGCCCCAUUGGCGGGCACCGUCAAGGAGAGCCUGGGCGACCACGAGGGCGACGCCUUCUACACCCCUAGCUCGUCUCUGAUCCCAUCUCCCAGUGCCACGCUCGCUCCCACAGUCAUGCUACUCGAGCCUCAAGCUUUGGCCUCUGCCCUUUUGCCCCUCCGUGAUCCCAUGGAUCUGAAGGUCCCCGUUGUCUCUACAGAAUCCCAAGAUGUAUACGACACGGACAUAUCUAUUACUCCUGGCCCACUGUCUCGCUUUCCCUCUGAACUCGACUCUGCGUCCGUGUCCCGUACCGCGUCCGACUCGUCUCUAUCAUCCUACUCUGGUGUGUCCAUUUCGAUCUCCGAGCAGGAUGCCACAUCCCUAUUCGACUCUGGCGCGACGACCUCCACGCGUAUCACCACCCCUGCUACGUCCGACCGUGACCCGCCCAAGUCCGAUGAGGAUGUAGUUGAAGCUAUCACGAUAUUGUCCAGUUCGUCUACACGUAAGUCACGGCUGCAUGCUGCAAACUUAUCUCCCAGCUCCGUGGAAGCUUCUUCAAGUGAGCCCAUAAUUCGCCGCCGUUCUCAGCCUUUGCCUGCGCCUCGCCCAGAUGAAGAUUGGGCCAAGGACGUCCGAUGGCUUGUACCUACCUCUCUCUCUGCAGCCCCUGUACCACGUCCGAAAUCUACUAGGUCCCCUACCUCCUCUCGGAGACGGUCCAGGCCUUUGCACCCGGACCUCCUUCCACCUGCGCCUCAGCUAGCGAUCCUUCCUCCGCCACACCAGUUGGAUCGACAGUCUUUUCCUGACAUUCCGACCUUCACCAUGCCAGUCGCUGUACCUCGCCCCGUACGCACACGCUCGAAAGAGCCUCGUUCCAGUCGACACUCGCAUCGGCAAUCACGCGGACGAAUGUCGGCACUGUGGGAAGAGGAUGAGAGCGAAUAUAGCACGGAUGCAGGUGCAAGUAGCGCCGAGGUAAGCAGGGCAAGCACUCCUGCACUGACGCAUUCUGGAGAUGGAUCUGCCCCCGCGAGCUUCAACGCGUCGCGGAGCGACACCCCUCCUCCGGGGUGGGCUAGCUCGGCGAGCGCGCAUAUGGGACCAGGGAUUGCCGACAGCUUGGAGUCGUUACAGCUCAUAGCGUCCAUGUCCGAAUCUGAGCUGAUAACGCAGAGGCGGAUGGACUCUCCACCAUCAUCACCGGUCGAUUCAUCACCAGAUGCCAAACUGCAAAAUUACGCACUCCAGCGCCAGCAUUUCCACUCGUCGUCCACGUCCACAGUUCCUGUGUCGGGGUCUCCAUUGAGUGCCCCAGGUCGUACGACGUCGCCUCUGGUUGGCGUGAUGGCUGGCAACAACUCGUUCCCAACGUAUUCCAUCCCGGCGCCAUUCCCGGAUUCUGACGGUAGUCCGAAUACAGGUUACACCGGUCUUGUGCUCCCACGAGCGAGUUAUACAUCCAAGGAUGGGAAGCCCCUCGCUGAUGGACGCAUAGACCUCGUGCGCUCUGGCCGGGCUCAGACAAGUAUGGCAACGAUUGAGGUGGUCCAGGGUGCAGCGGCAUUCUCCCCGCUGACAAAGACGCGCUCGCGCCUCACGCGCAGUUUUUCGCUGAGUAUUGGCAAGGAUAGGCGGAAGAGUCAAAGGGACAGUGUUACGCCACCGCAUUUGAGAGGCACGAUGCCGCUGUCGGUCGCGUUCACGGCGCAUAUACCUCCGCCAUCGUUCGUGCCGCCUUCACAUAUUCUCGUGCAGGUGUUCGCUGUUGGCCUGGACGGGUUAGACUCGCUUAUAGUGCAGGAACGAGCAGCGCAGCGCGGUGCUGGCGGCUCAGUGGGCAGGACGAAGAACAGAGGGUUCAUUCCUGGACGCAGUUUUGUGGGCAAGGCUGUGGAGUGUGGGUUUGAGGUCAGCCGGGAGGUGUGCAAGAAGGGCGAAUGGGUCAUCGGGCUGCAGGACGUGAAGAAGUGUGGUGCGCUUGCGGAGUUCGUCCUCAUUGAGCGGCACCGUGUCUUCCGGUCUCCGCAGCCCCGGGCGAGGUCGACCAACCUAUUCCCUCCACGGCGACGCGGCCACGGGCACACACGGUCUCUUUCAUUGCCGUCUGCGAUUGCGUCAGGCUCCGCGACGCACCAACCCCAUGCGCCGUCUCCCCUUGCCCCUCCGGCCCCUCUCACUCUUGAAGAGCUCGCCCUGUUGCCCCUGUGUGGCGUCUCCGCACACCGCGCUGUCCGGUCAUUCGCUGAUAUUCUGGCUUAUCGUUCUGGCAAAGGUCGGGACCGUCCCCAUGUCCUCGUGCUCAUGGGGCACGAUGGGCCCGGUGCAAUGGCUGUGCAGAUGAUAGGUCGACGGACGGCACACAUAUGCGUCCAGGUGCCCGAGUCCGCUGUCCGGGAACCCGAGGCACAGACGGAUUCCUCGGAAGAUAGUGUCAAACCUUCUGGAUCAAUCGCACUUCAGAGAGUAGAGGCACGCAUUCGCGCAUGGGGUGCGGAGGAAGUAUGCGUCGGCGAGGCUCUCGGUGUGCUGGAGCGGUUGGCAGACGAAGGGCGCGGGUUUGAUGCAAUCCUCGAUACAGUCGGCGGCGUGCAUAUAUGGGAAGCAUCGCAGAGGCUCCUGGCAUUUGUCCCGUCGAUGGCUGCGUCACAGUCGGCGCCGACGUUAUCGACCAUGUUUGCGCCAUCUGAGGACUCGCCAGACGGGGAGACAGAGGAAAAAAAGUCGAAGGGGGGCUCGUCUUAUGCUCAGUUCACUACUCUCGUCGGGGACGUGCCCUCGCGGGCGGUUCCAAAGGCCCAGGACAACUUGCGCUCCGGCUUGCGCUCCCUCCGACGCGCCAUGUCAACCAGCUCGCCGUCUAAGGCUAGUGGCUCGGCAGGGAGGACUUUGAGCAGCGGCAGGAAGAAGACGAAGCGGACAGUGGGAUAUGCGUGGGUGAGCGUUGCGGCUGAUGUGGACGAUGAGGGAGAAGACGUUCGGGAUGCCCUGGGAACGGUGGUUGAGAUGGUUGAGGACGGCACGAUUCGCCCAUGGAUGGGCCACGACGAUGAUGGCGAGGAGCGGUCUUUCCCACUCGAAAGUGCGCCCGAGGUAUUCAGACGCGACGCGAAUGGGCCCAAGGGCGUCCUGGUGGACGGCGGGACAUGUGUCGUACGAAUUGGCGCAUAG